CAGUUUUUAUAAAUAUUGUUAUAUAGAUAAUGCGUGACCUAAAUUAUCAUAGGCUAUUAUAUUUUUACCUAAACUAUCAUUUGUAUCAUCAAAAUCACAUCUUUUAUAAUUUUUCCGAAAACCAAAAGAGAAUCAAUUUUUCAAUUUGCCCCUUUGGCAUGGUAAUUUAUUCUGUCAUCUAAUUUGUUCUGUAUAGCCGAAAAGAAAAAUAUAUAUAUUUUUUUUCUGAUACAGAAAAAAAAAAUUUGUUAGUUCGGGAAGUGAAUAAACCCCAGGGUUUAGUGGGGCGAAGGGAAUAAACCCUCUGGCCUGGAGCGAAUUCGGGUUGAGGCCUUCGGCAGGCAUGGAAUUGGAUCCGGAAUCGGUAGGCAUGGAAGUACCAAUCCUCGGCAGCGAUUCAGUGGAAUGGAUCGAGGUCCCUAUUCUUUCAUCUAAUGAAUUGGCUGCCACCGCCGAUGCUGAUACUUGUGCCCCUCUCACUCACGAUUGCGCUUCUUCCAUCGCCAUUGGAGACCCUCCUACAUAUCUCAUAUGGAUAAUCCACAAGGAUUUCCCCCGUACUCUCGAAUUACUCGAGCUCUCUGCUAAGAAAGAAUUUCCAAAAGUCGGACUGCGAAUCAAUUUUCCAGAAGCACUCUCUUCUUCAGUUUUUCUUUGCAAAAAUGAGAUUGAUAUCGGUUCCAGGAGCCACCCCUAUUUGCUAUAUGCAUUGACCGUGGCCGGAGUCGCUUACCUUUUGAAACUUGGGACCACCUCUAGCUAUGCACCCAGCUCUGUUAUUAGAGAGUUUAACUUGCAUCCCUACGGACCUAUUAGCAGUGCCGCAGCAACGCCGACCGGAUGUCUCGUUGUAGGUCAGAAUGACGGUUCUCUUGCUUGCUUUCAACUCACACUUGAAUCCACUGCCCCUGGUUUUCUGCAAGAGCUACGGGAUGAUUCAGGAACUGGUAGUUUCUGGGGUUUCAUGUCAAGGGGUAGGACGGUAGGGGCUGUGCAGGACUUGGUUAUAUCUAUGGUUCAUGGGAAACCACUUAUAUUUGUGAUUCAUACGGAUUGGGUGUUAAGAGUAUGGGAUCUUUCAUUUCAUGGCAGGCUCUUUGCCAAUAAGAUGAACGGUCCAACAGUGGCAGGAGCUGCAUCGGUAAGGUUGUGGGUUGGUCAAGCUGACAAUGACUCGAGCAUAAUUCCUGUGGCAAUCUUGUACAGGCAUAAUUCGGAUAUUAGCUCAGAGACAAUCUACGUAUAUAGGCUCCAUUGUAACGUGAGAGACAGAAUUGAAUUAUUGAUAUAUCGUUCAAAACAAAUAAUUCCUAUUGAGGAUGGAUGGAUUGAUGUCAAACUUAUUUCCAACAAGAUAUGCAUAUUGAAAAAUCACGGACUGGUGUUUCUCAAGUUGUUGCAUAUAAAUGCCGAGACGGUAGAUGCAGUUUGGGUAGAUGCAGUUUGUUAUCCUUUGCAAGAGGACUUUGUUGCAGAUCAACUCUUUCAAAGUUCAAAGCAUUCUUCGGAUGACCUUCUUUUGAUAACUCAUUCAAUAUUUUCAUCUUCAAGGGAUCAUAUUCUACCUGUUGUAUCUUCCAUUUUCUUACGUAGGCUGCUUCUUCCUGGCAUUCAUCAUAAUGCUGCUUUGCGCGCAACUUUGUUGGAUUAUAAUAGGCACUGGACUGAGUCAGAUUUCCACUCCUUAACUGCUGAUGGGUUGAAGAAGGAAAUUCUUUCCCUGAUUGAACAUGAGGCUCUGACUGGUAAUUCAUCGUCAAUAUUUUGCUGCUGGGAAAUUUUUUGUGCUCGCUAUUUCCAAAACUGGUGCAAGAGCAAUGCACCAUGUGGCCUGCUUGUUGAUUCCUCAACCGGCACUGUUGGUUUAAUUAGAAAGAGUUCAGUAUCUUUUUUUCGUUCUUUGGAGGAUAUUGAGCGGGUUAAUGAUGGCUCUUUGGAUGAACUUGGCAAUAUUCCAAGCUUUGGGUUGGAUUCAUUUGGCAAGGCUGAUUGUAAGCUACUAGCUGAAAUGCUCAGGUGUGUCACUAAUGUCAGCCAGCAAUUGGGAAAAACAGCUUCUGCUAUAUUUUACGAAUUACUCAUUAGUGCACCACCAGUUAUCUCAUCUAAAGAAAUUAUUCCACGCCUAUUGAAGAUAUUAGAAACUGGAUAUAGUUCAACAGCAGCGGCGCUUUGGAUAGCAGAUCUUGGAACUGAUCUUGCCUGGGAGAAAAAUCCAGCAGAUCACAAAAAUUUGAGGAAAUUUUCUUUUGACAUGAUGAAGUCUCUUCAUGCUUUGCACGAGAAAUCUGGCACAUGGAGCCGUAUUUUAAGUGUGAUUGAGAAGUAUCUUAAGUAUCUCAUACCUCGAAAAAUUAUACAAAAAUUUGAUGCUGAAGUAGCAUUGGAUAUUAAUGCCUCCAUCUUGGUCCCAGCUACGUUUCAAGUUGCAAAGGUUAUGUUUGAGUCUGCAUUGGAUAUUCAUCUGUUUCUAAGCUAUCUAGUGAGCAUUAGCAGGCAGAUCAAUAUGCUACAUGAUGAUAUAUCCAAAAUACAACGUGAGUUGGUGCCAAUGAUUCAAGAAGUCAUUUAUGAGUGGCUUCUCCUGCAUUUCUUUGCCACCACACCAUCUGAAUCAGUUGCAUUUGAAGAUUUCAGCUCUCAACUUUCAUUGUUACAAAUUGAUAGCAACACUGGUAGAAGAUUAUGUAAUGAGAAGCUUGGGAAGUGCGAGUUCACUCUGGCUUUUAUAUUCUUACUUAAUGUUAGAAGUUCCUCCAAAGACCAGAACCACUUUUCUCCAAGAAGCAUACCAAGCGUUGAGGACAUAAUUGAUUCAGUACGAGAGUUUGAUAGCUGGACCAUGUGGGGCCAGGAUGGGGAAUCCCUUACUGUCCUGAAGCGUGUAGUGGAUCUUGCAUUGAUCCUGCUAAGGCAUGGGCAGUAUGAUGCUGUUGAGCACUUACUCACUAUUGUGGAGGCACAUUUAGAAAAGGAGGAGACUUCUCACGGUAUUAGAGCUACAGAUGGUGGAUGGUGCAUACUUCACCAUCUUUUAGGAUGCUGCUUCCUUGCUCAGGCACAUCGUGGAGUACAUGGGGUUCUGAAAGAGAGGAAAGUUCAUGAAGCUGUUCGUUGUUUCUUCAGAGCCGCAUCUGGAAGCGGGUCAGCUCAUGCUUUACAAAGCUUGCCUCAGGAAGCGUGGUUGCCACAUCUUGGUAUCGAUGGUAGCGUAUCAGAUGCUGCAUGGAGGCUCCAUUACUAUCAGUGGGCAAUGCAGAUAUGUGAGCAUUAUAAUAUUAGUGAAGGUGCAUGUCAGUUUGCUCUUGCUGCGCUUGAGCAAGUUGAGGAAGCUUACAGUGCAAACAAUGAUUCCCAUGACAGAGCUCCAUUUAAUGAAUCAGUAUCCACCAUCAAAGGAAGGCUUUGGGCAAAUGUUUGCCAAUUUACUUUAGAUCUCAAUCUCUAUUAUGAUGCAUAUUGUGCAAUAAUUUCAAAUCCAGAUGAGGAGAGCAAGUACAUCAGCUUGAGGCAUCUUAUAAAUGUUCUUUAUGAACGUGGUGCCAUAAAGAUUCUAUGUGGUGGUCAGCUACCAUUCAUUGGUCUUACAGAGAAGGUAGAACAAGAGCUUGCAUGGAAGGCAGAGCGGUCAGACAUUUUAGCAAAGACAAACUUAUAUAAGUUGCUUUAUGCAUUUGAAAUGCAUCGGCAUAACUGGCGAAAAGCAGCAAGCUACAUGUACCUUUAUUCUGCCCGUUUGAGAACUGAAGCAUCUCUGAAAGGUUACCAACAAUUGUGGCGAGUACUGAAGGAGAUACUGAAUGGGCUCUCUGCGGCUAUCAACGCACUUCAUCUUGUUCAUCCAGCAUAUGCUUGGAUUGAUCCUCUGCUUGUGAGAAGUGCUCUUCACAACGAGCAGUAUCCAGGUAGAGAGAUUAGAAUAACAAUUGAAGACCAGCCAGCAAACAAUGAUGUUCAUCCUCGAAGUUGGAAAUCUUUUAUGGAUAUUCAGAAAAUUGAGAAUGAGUUUGUGCUUACUUCAGCAGAACAUCUGCUUUCACUGGCACAUGUCAAAUGGACAAAUACAGGAACCCAGACAGCACCAUUAGAGUUGGCUGAUCUUUUGAUCCAGACAAAUCUAUAUGAUAUGGCAUUUACAGUUCUUGUAAGAUUCUUCAAAGGUUCAGAGUUAAAGAGGGGAUUGGAAAGAGUUUUCUCAGCUAUGUCACUAAAAUGCUUUCCACAUAUAGUUGAUUCUUCAAGGGUUGGGGAUGAUCCCAUCGUUCAUGGUUCACCAGAUAUGUCUUCAGCAAAUCAACAAUCCAAUGGAAUAAAUCAAUGGGGAACUCUCGAGCUUUAUCUUGACCGGUAUAUAGUGUUCCAUGCACGUCUACCACUAAUUGUUGCCGAAACUCUUCUUCGUACGGAUUCUCAAAUCCAACUGCCUCUUUGGUUGGUUAAAUUAUUCAAGGAUGGCAGGAGGGAAAAGACAUUGGGGAUGACUGGCCACGAAUCAAAUCCGGCAUCGUUGUUUCAAUUAUAUGUUGAUUAUGGUCGACAUGGAGAAGCUAUAAAUCUGUUGCUUGAGCACGAAGGGUGUUUUGGAUCCAUGAGACCAGCCAACAUCAUGAAUCGUAAAAGACCAUUUGGAGUUUGGUUUCCGUAUACAAUGAUUCAGCGCCUCUGGUGCCAACUUGAGGAAAUGAUAAAUUCCGGUCACAUGGUAGCUCAAUGUAAGCAGUUCAAAGAUUUGCUACACAGAGCUUUGCUGAAACAUCUCCAACUGGUAAAGAUGGACUCGGAAGGACUUUGUUUUAUUUCAGAAAAUAAGAUGUAAACACUUCGGAUGCAAUCUUGAAGACGAGCAUCAGUUGCUGUAAAGAUAUGCAUCAGCUAAUACCUGGCAAGACUAACAAGGCAGUAGUGGGCCUCCUCCUAACGUAGAAUAUGAUAUGCUCGACUCUUGGUACUCAUUAGAGUAACUGAAGGGAGCCUAAGUCUUCUAAGGCUGAGAAACACUAGAACUAUAUAACAAAUUGCAUUUUCGAUUCCAGCAAAGGCAUAAAACCCACCUUUCUGUGCUUUUUGUUGGUGAUAGAAAACUCAAGACGUAAUAUCAGAUGGACAUAUCCCCCCUCCCUUUCUACAUAUAUAUAUAUAUAUACUCACAGAUUUGCUCACUUUACGUAAAA